GUGUUUACAUAUGCUACACAUGCAUUAACGUUGCACGACUGUAGUUUAAAGGGUGCCGAGCCGAGAACGCCUUCUGUGAUUUAGGAACUUAAUAUAAAAGUAAUGUUGAUAGUUAAUCGGACGGUCAAUUUCACAAAGGCAGCUGAUAGCUGCAACUAACAUAACCGUGUCAAUUCCACUGUGCCGUUCAUUAGCAACUUCAUUACAACAACAAACGAAAGGAUUCGCCGCCGCUAUGUCAGAAGCGCUAGACAAAUUGGAUCAGCAGCAGGCACAAAAUAAAGUUGAAAGUGCCGCCGUAGCUGAACAAUUGAAGGAUACAAAACGUCAGAAACGUGAAUUAAAACGGAGGAAAUGGGUUGACUGGAAGACACAGGAUGAAAUGGCCGGAGACACAAAGCGGCCAGCCUUCGAUCCGGCCGAUCGUGUUAAGCGAAAAAAAUGCGCAAUACUAUUGAGUUACUGUGGUGCCAAAUAUUUUGGCAUGCAACGUAAUCCCGGUAUGCAAACGAUUGAGGAGGAACUCUUCAAAGCAAUGCUAAAACACAAGUGGAUAACAGAGGAAAGUUUUGAAGCGGCACAAGCAGCUUGCUUUCAACGAGCUGCACGCACUGAUAAAGGUGUGUCUGCAGCACGACAAGUAUGUUCGAUAAAAUUGCCUGAUUCAGUCGAUAUCAAAUCUAUAAACGAAGAUUUGCCAGAAGAAAUACGUGUUUUUGGAGUCGAGCGUGUUACAAAAGGAUUUAAUGCGAAAGAUCAGUGCAAUGCUCGAACGUACACAUACACAUUGCCAUCCAUUGCGUUUGCAGAUAGCACAGAGAAACAUGAUUUCGAAAGCUAUCGCACUGAAGCUGCGCACUUGCAAAAGAUAAGGGAUGUACUGCAGUUAUAUGAGGGCACAAAAAACUUUCACAAUUUUACGAGCAGAAAAAACUUUUUGGAUCCUUCAGCGAAGCGAUUUAUCAUGUCGUUUAGUUGUUCUGAUCCAUUUAUUACGCCGCAAGGCUUAGAAUUUCUCACGUUAAAAGUUAAGGGUCAAAGCUUUAUGCUUCAUCAAAUUCGGAAAAUGGUCGGUUUAGCGAUAGCAAUUGCACGUGGCAACACUACUACAGCUACACUGGAGCGUGCACUGGUCGAAGAGCGUUUAGACUUGCCAAUGGCGCCUGGCUUGGGUUUAGUGUUAGAUACCGUCCACUAUGAACGAUAUAAUGAACGGUACGGUAGUGAUGGUAUACAUGAACCGUUAACGUGGGCUAAGCAAGAGGAUGAAAUAAAAGAUUUCAUUGAACGCUAUAUCUACACUAAUAUUUACGAAACAGAGUAUAAAGAGCGUUCCAUGUUGGAAUGGUUGGAGACUUUACCGUUGCAUUCAUACGAUGCGCGACGUGAUGAUGUGCAAGCAACACCGAACAAUGAAGGCAGUGCGAAUAAGCGUAAUGAGGACGACGAUGAAUAAUUUAUUCAUAUCAUGAUUUGUUUGAUAAAUAAAAAAGUAAAUCUGGAAAAAAUUUUUAAACAAUCUACUUUAAA